AUGGCGGAGGAAGUACCGGAUAAUACUACCAUCGGUAGCGUUGGUGAUCUCAUAGAGCUUGGCAAAUCUAUAGACGACGUUUUACCGUCAAUCGAUCCAGAAGACGUGGACUAUACCGGAGCCUUUACGUGGAACAUACCUGAUUGGAACCUGCUAACGGAAGAAAAACACACUUCUCCUCGUUUCAAGAUCGGAGAUUUUGAGUGGAAUGUGCUUCUUUUCCCGCAAGGCAAUCACAACAAAGGUCUAUCGAUGUACUUGGAACCCCAUCCCAAAGAAUUGUUUAAUGAAGAGAAAAAGUUAACGGAGCCUGAAGACCCAGAUUGGCACGUAUGUACGCAAUUCGCGAUCGGAGUAUCCAGGCCUGGCGAAGACGCUAAAUGCCAACUUUUCAACGUAUCGCACCACAGGUUUUGUGCCACAGACACAGACUGGGGGUUUGCCACGUUCAUGGGGUUAGACACGCUGAAAAACCGCUCAUCCUCGCGCAAUUCAGGGUUUCUAGUAAACAACGAGGUCAACAUAUCAGUUUUUGUGCGAACUUUAAAGGAUCCCACGGGGGUGUUGUGGCAUAACUUUUUGAACUACGACUCGAAAAAGCUAACUGGCUACAUAGGCUUCAAAAAUCAGGGCGCCACUUGCUACCUGAACUCGCUGCUUCAGUCAUAUUUCUUCACCAAGCUUUUCCGCAAAGUUGUUUACAAAAUCCCCACCGACAAAGACUCCCCCAACGACAGCGUCGCACUGGCACUACAGCGUUCUUUUUACCUCAUGCAAAAAUCUGUGGAUCCCCUGGAUACUUUAGAGUUGACCCGCUCUUUUGGGUGGGAUACUGGCGAGGCUUUCACACAGCACGAUGUCCAGGAGCUGAAUCGUAUAUUGAUGGACCGGCUGGAGACGAGAAUGAAGGGCACGGAAGUGGAGGGCGUACUGAACGAGCUAUUUGUUGGUAAAAUGAAAAGUUAUAUCAGGUGUAUCAACGUCAAGUACGAGUCUUCACGGGUGGAGGACUUUUGGGAUAUACAGCUCAAUGUUAAAAACCUGAAAGGCGUCGAAGAAUCAUUCGAAAACUAUGUGGAAGUGGAGAUGAUGGAUGGCGAGAAUCAAUAUGCCGCUCAGGACUUUGGUCUUCAAGAUGCCAAAAAGGGGGUUGUUUUUGAAAGCUUUCCCUCAGUGCUCCAUUUGCAACUGAAGCGGUUUGAGUAUGACUUCACCUACGAUCAACUGGUCAAAAUUAAUGAUAGAUACGAAUAUCCCGAGACCAUCGACUUGGCACCUUUUCUCGACCCUGACGUAAGCAAGCAACAUAGGAGUUCGUGCAUUUACAAUCUUCACUGUGUUCUGGUUCAUUCGGGUGAUAUCUCCGCUGGUCACUACUACGCAAUGAUUAAACCCGGCGUUGACGACCAGUGGUUUAGGUUUGAUGACGAUAAAGUCUGGAAAGUGACUAAGAAGCAGGCAUUCGACGAAAACUUUGGGCAUGACGUGCUGCCUGACGACAAACUGAGAAAAUUUACCCGAGAACAAUACCAGAAUUACCUAAUUGCGCGCCAAACUAGUGCGUACAUGUUGGUUUAUGUUAGAAAAGACAUGGAAGACAGAGUUUUGGAAGAAGUUUCCGCUGGUGAUGUACCUGAGCAUGUUGUUUCCAGUAUAGAGAAAGAACUCCAAGAGCGUGAAGAAAGGAGAAAAGAGCUCGAAGAAAUGCAUUUAUACACAAAAGUGCACGUUCAUUCGAUGAGUAAUUUUGUGAACUACCAAGGGUUCGAUUUAUCUCCAAAUGAGAGGUCAAAACUUUAUAGCCCGGAGCUCAACGGUCCAAAUGAAUAUGCGGUAUCGUUGCGUGUUCUGAAAACAUUGAAACUGAGGGACUUGAAAAGCGAGAUCACAAAAACUCUCAAUCUCCCCAGGGCGUGUAGCAUAAACUUCUGGAUGAUGAGUUAUAGGAAGAACUACACCUUACGACUGGAAACAAUACUGCUUUCGGAGCUCGACAAUUUAACUUUAGAACAAGUCGCUCACAAAAUGGGCAUCUCGCGUUCGACAUCUGUGGACAUAUUUGUGGAAGAGCCGUAUUUGGAGUUGAACUAUUUAGCCAAAGCUGCUGCUGAUAAAAUCAUCGCGGAAACAAGACUCACUACCGACGUCAUUUCCAAACUUCGCAGUGCAGCUACGCAAGGGGUAUUACCUGAAUCAUCACCCUAUCUAAAGUCUGACGAUGACGCUGGUCAAAAAAUGCUCAUUUUCCUCAAAGCUUUCGACACCAGCGUUAACCGAUUGCAAGGGUUCGGUCACGUUCUUGUUAACCAAGAUGACGAAGUGUCGACACUGUUCCAACUUUUGAAAAAGCUCUCCGCAAUAGAUUCAGAUGAAGAGAUAUUCGAAGAGUUUCAGCCUGACGCAAUUGAACCUGUUGAUGACAGAAUGCAAUUUGUCGCAUCUGAGCUGGUGGACGGAGACAUUCUGGCGUUCACAUUGGCGGGUAAAGGAAAUAGCGUCGAACCCACAAUUAAAGACCACUAUGAUUUCCUAAGGUACAGGAUAAAAAUCACAUUAACGAGGGUUGUGAAAACUGAUGAAGAAUACGCCAUUGUUACUGACGCUAGCGACACGUGUCAGUUGAGUGUCUGGAUUUCGGCCCAAGCUACAUACGAGGAAUUUGUGAAUUUACUAGCUACCGAAACAGGGCUUAAUGCGGCAAACUUGAGGGUUUUCGCGGUAUAUUCAAAUGGUCGUUUUGCCUUGAAGUCUGACUGCCGUAUAUCAGACUAUCUGGUGAAGAACUAUUCUCGAGACUCUAUACCACCAUUUGAGUUUGAAGUCCUGUCCAUCCCGCUCAAAGAGUAUGAGCAGCUUAGAUCAAUCAAAUUUUAUUGGCUGAGUGACAGUUAUGUUCAUUACCAGAGAUACGAGUUCAGAGUGCAAAACUCUUCCACGAUUGACGAAUUCAUUGUAAAAUUACAGAAGAAGCUGAAUUUUGACGAUGACCAGAAGAAGAAUGUUCUCUUGUGGACGAACUGCGACUUUAAAUUUCAAGGCAUACUGUCGGGCGAUAAUGUCUUCCAGGAACUGGCCGAAUCAUUUCUUUUUUUUGGUAGGGUGCUUCCAGAAGAACUCGCUUUGGUAAACCAACUGGAGGAAGCCGCGGCAGACAAUGUGGAUUCUAUGGACGAAACAGAGAUUGAUGGCUUUGAUCUGGGCGUACAACAAGAACCUGUCAUUGACGGCAAAUUGGUUAUUGUUAUUCAGUACUUUAAGGACCUGGACAACAGGCAUGGAAUUUCAUUUCUAUUUAACUUGGUGCCUGGCGAGAACUUUUUAGACACGCGUGAUAGACUCCAUUCUAAGUUUGGGCUGGGGCGCAAAGAGUUCUCUAAAAUCAAGCUCGGUAUCACUGUCGGUUCGGGCUCCGGCCUAACGUUCAAACCGCUGGGCGGUUUCACCGAUGAAGAACUUCGUGAGAUCGUUUUGUUCGACGUUCUGAACAACUUAGAUUAUAUUUGCAUGGACCACCCAGACCGCACCAGGACCCAGACAUAUCACGACAGACCAAUGGUUAUCAAAAACUAG